AUGCGGGACCCCAGGCCGAGGGCCCCGUCCGGGAGCCUCCCGACCCGGAAGCCAGCCGAGAGCUCCCCGGCCCGGGGAGCCCACCCGAAGGCGGAGGACGAGGAGGGAGGCGGGCGACGCCGCGGGAGCGUGGCUCCCUCCGGCUCCCGGGGGCGCCCGCCGGCACGGCCCGGGGGCGCCCACGACCCCCGCGUAGAGGACGAGGACGGCGGGGGGGCCCGGGAGGCCGGGGAGGAGGAGGGGGCCGCGGCGGAGGCCGAGCCCGGGCCCCCGUCCCAGCUGAACGUCAACGUCGGGGGCCGGAGCUACCGGCUGAGCCGCGGGGCGCUGGCCCGCCACCCCGAGACCCGCCUGGGCCGCCUGGCGGCCUCCCCGAGCCGGGCCGGCCGGCUGGGCCUCUGCGACGACUACGCGGCCGGGCGGGACGAGUACUUCUUCGACCGCGACCCGGCCGUCUUCCAGCGGAUCUACAGCUUCUACGCCUCCGGGGUGCUGCGGGUGCGGGACGAGCUGUGCCCCCGCGGCUUCCUGGAGGAGCUGGCCUACUGGGGGGUGCGGCUGCGGCACACGCCCCGCUGCUGCCGCAUCUGCUUCGAGGAGCGGCGGGACGAGCUGAGCGAGCAGCUGAAGAUCCAGCGGGAGCUGCGGGCCCAGGCCCAGGCGGAGGAAGCCGAGGGGCUCUUCCGCCACAUGCGCGGCCCCUGCCGGCCCCUGCGCCGGCGCCUCUGGAACCUCAUGGAGAAGCCCUUCUCCUCGGCGGCGGCCAAGGCCGUCGCGGUGGCCUCCAGCUUCUUCGUGCUCAUCUCCGUGGUGGCCCUGGCCCUGAACACGGUGGAGGAGAUGCAGCAGCGGGCCCGGGCCGGCGACCCCCGGCCCCUCCUGGAGCACGUGGAGACCCUGUGCGUCGCCUUCUUCACCCUGGAGUACCUGCUGCGGCUGGCCUCCACGCCCGACCUGCGGCGCUUCGCCCGCAGCGCCCUCAACGCCGUGGACCUGGUCGCCAUCCUGCCCCUCUACCUGCAGCUGCUGCUGGAGCGCUUCGCCGGCGACGAGCGGGCCCGCGGCGGGGGCGCCCCCCGCGAGCGAGACGUCGAGACGGUGGGCCGGGUGGGCAAGGUGGGCCAGGUGCUGCGCAUCAUGCGCCUGCUGAGGAUCUUCCGCAUCCUCAAGCUGGCCCGCCACUCCACCGGCCUGCGGGCCUUCGGCUUCACCCUGCGCCAGUGCUACCAGCAGGUGGGCUGCCUCCUGCUCUUCAUCGCCAUGGGCGUCUUCGCCUUCUCCGCCGCCGUCUACUCGGUGGAGCACGACGUCGCCGGCAGCGGCUUCGCCAGCAUCCCCCACGCCUGGUGGUGGGCCGCCGUGAGCCUCUCCACCGUGGGCUACGGGGACAUGUGCCCAGAAACGCACCUGGGCCGGCUCUUUGCUUUCCUCUGCAUCGCUUUUGGGAUCAUUCUAAAUGGGAUGCCCAUCUCCAUUCUCUACAACAAGUUCUCAGAUUACUACAGCAAGCUGAAGGCUUACGAAUACACGGCCGUCAGGCGGGAAAGAGGCCAGGUGAACUUCACGGGGAGAGCCGUGAAGAAGCUCUCUGAAUGUGUGGCGAGAGACGUCACCCAUCGGCCCCCCGAGAUGGGGCGCUGA